AUAAAAGUAAAGCAAUAACUUUCAGUUCAAUAACAAAGAACACCCAAGUCGUCGAGCCCUAUCCUGAAGUGCAACAAUGAAGUUCAUCUCACCCGCCACUAUUAUUAUGUCUGCGGCAGUACUGGCGGGCAUUGUUAUAGCACAAGAUCCUACCGGCGGUUCAUGCAACCAGCGAGUGUUUGCAGGAAAGCAUGAGUGCGGUCGAUCCGCGAGCUAUAACGGGGGCCAUGCGUAUUUGUAUCUCUGUUCGACAGACAACUUUGUCACGGAAGUUGAAGAUUGCAGCUGUAUUGAGUGCUGUUCCGUGGCCUCUGAUGGGACCACCAAAUGCACAUAAUAGGCGAGUCCGGGUCUUUCUUGCUGUGUCAAUAAUGUCAUAGUGAUAAGUUACAGCUGUCUCCGUAGGUUAUACCCACUAUGGCGUGGUACGAU